AUGUGCAAUGACACGGUGUGCCCCAAGACCCAGCUCCAGGCCCAUGGCCCCGAGAACGAGCUCCUGGACGACCGCCCGGCCUGCGACCCCGCGGGGGCGGUCUUCACCGAGACCUUGGAGGAGCUGAACGAGGUCGACCGUCUACUGCUCCUCUUCUCCGCUAGCCGAAGCAACCUGGCCGGGGUCAGGUGGCUCGUCCGCCUGGGCGCCAACCCGUCGUCCUGCGACACCAACGGCACCACCUGCCUCCACGCCGCCUGCCGCGUCGGCGCCGUGGCCAUCGUCGCAGAGCUGCUGGCGCAGCCUGGCGCCCCCAAGGGCGCAGUCGAUGCCACGGACUGCGCGGGGUGGGCACCGCUGCAUGUGGCGCUCUUCAUGGGAAGGCGGCAGGUGAGCAUGCUGUUGCUGCAGCAGGGGGCGGAUCCCUUCCUGCGCACGCUGCGGGGGCAGACGCCCGCGGAGCUGAGCAGCGACCUUUGGCUGCGGGAGGUGGUCCAGAACUACGCGGAGCACCGCGAGCAGCGCCUGAGCCACAAGUGGCAGCCGCCAGCCAUGCAGGCGCCCGGGGACAUCCAAGUGGCCUCGCGGCUGCGCUUCGAGCCCUUCUUCGUGCCGCGGCAGCCGGUGCUGAAGGACAACUCCACCUCCGAGCUGCAGACGAAGCUGGGCCGGGAGAUCUUCAACCAUCGCCCGGGCCAGGGACUGGCCUUCGUGGUGUCCUCCGGCUGCAUCAGGGACUUCCCGGUGGAGCUGAGCGGUUUCCUGGGCCAAAACCAGGUCUGCCCUGCGCGGGUGGGGGAGUUCCUGGGGGAGGACUACUCGCUGUCCCAGACGCUGCGACUGGAGUUCAUCAACUCGGUCAGGCUGCUGGGCACCGGCGUGGCCUCCUGCCUGGCAAAGGUCUUCAAGGCCAUCGUGAUCCCCACCGAGAUGGUGAAGAUCGACCGCCUGGUGGACGGCGUCGCGCAGAUCUGGUGGCGCCAGCAUGAGCAGCUGGCGAAGAAGGGUGACCAGGUGUCGAUGGAGGGGCCAGAAGUACAGGGCCUGCAGCUGAUGAAAAGCGUCGGCAGCUACGACAUGUUGCACCAGCUCAUGUUCAGCGCCAUUUUGCUGCACUGGAACCUCUACGCACCCCUGCCGCAGAGUCAGCGCGUCACCUUGGAGCAAUGGCUCGAGAUCUCCGACGUGGAGGGAGGGGCCACGCUGAAGCACGUCCAAAGCCUCAUCUAUGACGUCAUCAGCCAAAACUUCUACCCCCAGCUGGAGAUCUGGAAACCUCGCGCGCCUCCAAAACUCGAGGCGCAGUCGGUGCCGGAGGCGGAGGGCUGGGGCCGCAUCGUGGGGGGCUUCCCCUCCCUGGCCUUCGCCAGCGCCCACAGGGUGGACAACUACCGCCACCUCCGCAGCAUCCUCUCCGAGGGUACCGCCACCUCCUUCCUGCAGAGCCCCGAGCCCAGCCGCGGCGAAGGCGGGGCAGCGAGGCCAGCGCAGGUGCCGGGCUUCGGGGAGGACGACUACGUGCACGGUUACCAGGAGUCCCUGGUGGCGGGUCCCUUCGGCGGCAGCCGCGUGUGGCUGGCCCUGCACUGCGGCUUCCUCUUCCUAUCUCCCAGCCCGGAGCCAUGGGCGCCGUACGCCUUCAUGCACCUCGAGGGCCUCUUUGCGCAGUCGGACGCCCCGUCGCUGCUCCUCACGCUGCUACCGGCUUUGCUGGGGCCCGUGGGCAGUCCGCGAAGCUCGCCCAGACCUGCGCUCCAGGUGGUCUUCCUUCUGCCCGACGGGCGGUGGCAGGUUAUCGAGGUGCCGCGGUUUCAGGUGCAGCUGGCAGACGGGGAGCAGCUGGAAAGCUUCCGGCAGAGUCUGAUGGAGCACUGCCUUGACGAGUCCGUGGUGUCCAAAAACGCGUCGCCGUUGCGCAAAGAGAUUGAGUACGCCACGGAGCUGGAGAAGUCCAAUGGGAAUGCCGCCUCCCGCGAGGGCGAUUGGAAGAAGGCGAAGAGGUAUUGGAAGAAUGCCCUGCGUGGCGCUGAAAAGAUUCAGGAUGCGGAGACAGAGUUCCGGCUUCACUCAAACCUUGCGCUUGCAUACACCAAGCAGAAGAAGAUUGAGAAGGCGCUUGAGCACUGUGACAAGGCGCUGAAGGAGCGGCUCAAGGUCGCCGUGUCUUCGGAGCUCCGGGGCAAGGUGCACUACCGCCGGGCCGAAGCCUUCGAAGCCGCGGGCGAGGUGUCGAAGGCCAUCAGCAGCUGCAAGCUUUCCUUGGAGGUCCAUCCCGAGGACGCCGCGGUGCGCAAGAAGCUGUCACAGCUGAAAGCGCUUGAGGCGGAUCAGCGCAAGCGCGAGAAGGCCUUGUUCGCCGGUCUGCGGGGCUACUGCGGCAGCCGAAAAGCGCCGAAAGCGGAGUCGUCCAAGCCGGCGGACUUGGUGGAGGAUUCCUCGGAUGAGGAGCGGAAGCCGGAGGAAGAUGACGAGGAGGUGUACUCCGCCGAGGGCGCUGAGCUCUCGCCGGAGGAGCAGAUGCUGCUGGAUCGGGGCUUGACAGACAGGGAGGCGUCUUCCCGCUUGGUGGGCAGCCUCGGUAUCUCAGCGAAGCAGGGACCGGCGGAUCCUCAUUUGGUGAGCCCAGCCAACAUGUCCGUGGGACCGGAGAUCUUCUGGUCCCCCGAGAUGCUGAAGGGCACCAAGGUGCGGCAAGGCAUGGCCGAGAAAUGCCCCAUGCUGCUGGCGACCUUUGAUGGCGCUGACUUGCGCGUAACGGCCACAAGGGCCAUGGGGCUGGUGACACUCUUUGAACAGUCCUUGGUUCAGAUGAUGCUGGGACGUCCCAAGGCUCACAUGCCUCAGGGCAAGAUCCUGUCGCGCAAGAAGACCUGGGAGCUGAGGUCAAGGCCGACGAACAUCCGAGGCUACAUCGGCCUGGUGCAGGUGGGAACCGGCAAGCUGCUGGGCAAGGCGGAGCUGGUUCGUUGCAUCCACCUGGGCCGCAAGGCCAACGGCCGUUGGAUCUACCGCGAUGAGGGGAGUAUCCGGAAGACGCAUGUGAAGCAUCGAUGUAAGAUCGAAGAUGUGAAUGCGAUCGGCUACACCACGCUUUACGCCUGGGUCUUACGAAGGGCCGUGCGUUACAAACGGCCCCGGGCGGUGAACUCCCAAGAAGGCUCCGUGGUGUGGACGAAGCUCAGAUGA